GAGUGCGCACGCGCAACAGCACUCUGCCUACGCGGGUUUUCGGUGCCGACCCCCGAACUCCGGUAACCGUCUCCGGUGACUCUCAUGAGUUUCCGGUGAUUCAGGUGUAAAAAUGAGGCGGACCGGGUCCAUUUCCGGACGCUGUUACGGUCUUUAACCGCCCCCCAACAACCGGAAAUAGUUGUCUGUAACACAAGCUAACGUUAGCAUCACCCGAACCGGAACUGCCGGGCCUCAGCUCAGGCUGAAGAAGAGGAGCAUGAUGAAGAUGUCUCCGCUGUCCGGUGUGGACAUGGACACAGGCGGAGACAGAGAGUCCACGCUGACCCGGGACGACUGUCUCUGUCCGGUUUGUCUGGAGAUCUUCAUGGAACCUGUCACACUUCCCUGCACACACACCUUCUGCAAG